UCCCUCGCUCCCUUCUAGACUCCUCUGUUCCACCUGCUCCCAAUCAGCUCAUUAGUCCAGUCUUUGUUCUGUCUCCUAUUUAUACUCUCCCUGUUCAGUUCCCUCAUCUUUUCCUGGUUGUAUGUUUUCCCUGAUGUCUCCAAGGUUCUGUUUUUUUUUUCUAUAUUUUGUUAUGUUGGAUUUUUGGAUUCCUGCCUCAGUUUCCUGUAAAUACUUCAUUAAAUCUACAAAACUCACCUCUGCAUUUGGGUUGUAUUUACUUUAAGGGUGCUAGAAUAUAAUGACUGAUUUCAAAAGAGUUAGAAAAAAUGAUCCCCUUGCAGAAUUUCAGUUGGUCCUUCAGAUAAGAUUGACAUAUGAAACGGCACCCCCUUCUGGAAAAGAGGCAAUCCUCCUCACCUCAGUCACAGCAGCUGGAUGAAAAUUUGGUCCAAGGUCGUAUCGAUUCGUUUUGCUUUUACUCCUUUUUUUUAUAGAUUUUCAGUACAAUACAUUAAGUUCCCCCUUUAAACGCCCUUUCUCCAUCCUAUCACAUGUUAACUGCUUCUCUGCGGUUCGGCCUGAUGGGUCGUUGCACCCAGGGAAAGGGUUUUAAUCUUGUUUUAAUCAGGUGUCACAUUCACAGCAAUAACUGGGGAGGUGAAGUUGUUGGAGUGCUGAUCAAUGAACUGAUGAACUCUUAAACUUUCCGGCUCAGGAGGCACUUUAGCUGUACGUCUCAUUCACUUUACACAAGUUUUCACAAUGAGUGGAGGAGUUGAAUCACUAACCUUGUUUUCUAGGUCCCUGGAGCUUUUUGGGCCAGUCAGCAGGACCGAAAUAACUUCUAAAAUAUUCUCUGUGAAGGAGCAUGGAGGGAGAAGAAGAAUAGAGACGUUUUUUUAGCCUGGUCUGAAUGAGUGAAUGCUUUAAUCUUCCAAGAAGACAGAGGAGACGAUGCACAACAUGUUGAGGAUGUCUGAGGAGCGUAGAGCAUUGUGCAUGGCUAAACUUAAGAGGCUGUUAAUCUUCUUAGAGCUGUUAAGUACCCAGCUAAAAAUCAGCUACUGUCCAGAUUGUUUCUUCUUGUCCCAGAUAAACGACUCAGACAACAACAAAAGGAGAGCUCAAAGAAAUAUGUGGCAGAGUCUUCAUGCUGGUAUGAAAUAUGCGCCUCCUCUCCUUUGGGAGCUGUGCUGACAGAGCAGUGGGAGACGUUCUGUUGGGCCUUCAUGAUUUAAGGAUGUUCGGCAGCGGCACCAAGAAGUGGUUUGUGAAAAAGCAGAAGAAGCAGCAGAAAUCUGGCAAGAGGCCAUGCAGCAGGAAGAGGAAGAGAUGGGCGGCUAAGAUCCUCAAAGAACACAGAGAGCAGAUCCUCCGUGAGCUGGAUGUCAGCGCCGUGCUGCCUUACCUGGUGUAUGAUAAGGUCUUCUCACUGGUGGAGUACAAGGAGAUCCUGGGGCAGGAGACCAGCAGGGGACGAGCAGAGGUGUUCCUAAAUCACCUGUCCUCCAAGGGGCCCGCUGCUUUCUCCUCAUUCUGCUCUGUUUUGGAGGAGGUGUGUCCCCGCCUGCUUACCUGCUUCCUGUUGGACGGAGACGAUGGAGUCCCAGUACGGAGCAGGAAAGUGUGGCUCUCUGCGCCCCCAAACAGUCCAGCAGAGCAGCCUCUGUGUCCCCCCCCAAUGUACACAGAUCCUGUGUUCGACACAAGAAUCGCACCUGAACAGCAGCUGAUAGAGCAGCGGUCGGAUGGAGCGGAGGUGGGAGAGCUAAGCCCGCUCAGUCAGCGUGUGUUUGCAGACAUGGGUCGCAGCGGUACGGCACCUCCUGCUCAGCUCCUCCCGGACCGUUUCCACCGUCAGUCCUUCAGCGCUGGAAAUGGCGAUGUGAUGCUGAGCGCGGAAGACGCAGCGGAGGCGGACGCCAAGGAGGAAUAG